UUUUUCCGUUGCAUCCGGUUUGAAAUCACGAUUUUAAAGAAGUUUCAUUUCAAAAAGUUUAGAUCCUUUUAAGCGUUUGAUUACAUUGACGCACAGACGCUGAGCUAAAAACGUAUUGCAUUUUGACAUACAGGUACAGGACAUCAUAAUUUGCGCUGUAGAGAUUAGAGAAUUAGAGACUAUAUAGUCUUGUGGUAACUGGUAGUAUCAUUAAUAUUACGCAGCCGUCCUUAGUAUGUUAUUUAUCUAUACUGAGAAAACGUUUUCAUAACAGUCAUCAUAAUUUGACAGUACUGUAAAGUGGGAGUCCGCCAAAAAUUAAAAUCAAAAUUUGAAAAGAUGUAUUGAGUACUAACUGCUGCUGUAGUUCGUACUUCGUUGCCGCCGGCAGUUGCAGUUUACCGCUUUAGUGAAUAUUAUAUAGAGUUUAUAAACAUACCAAAAAAUAAAUCUUAUAUUUAAAAAAAAAUGAGUUCCAUAACUGUAGAUUUAACGGAAAAUAGCGAUGAUCUGGAAGACUUGCCAGACGUAUUUCUUCCAAGCAAAAGUAGCAGUCAAUCAUCUGAUGUGUGUUCAUCAACUUCUAAAAGUUCUUUACAAAGUUCAAAAUCUUUAGUAAAUUCUGGUAAUGAACAAAUAAAUUAUAAGAAAAAGAAAGUGAAUGAUAACAAUACAGCUAAACAAACCCAAAAAAUGUAUAGGCCAGGAGAAUGUAUGAAGUAUAUGACAGUAGAAAUGCAUCCAACACUUGUAGAAUCAUGGUACUGUGCUGAUGUCCAGCGAGAGAUAACAGCAAGUGGUGCCAAAAUUAACAAGAACUCAUCCCUUUGUGAUACGAGACUAGUGCUAUGGAGCAGUAUGGUUGAACCUACAUUUACUAGUAAUAAUGGAAUGGUAGGUCUAACCCCAACCAAGCAGCCUUGUGAGCAUGGUCUCUACAUUGCAAGCAUAGAGGAAAUAGAAGAAAAAUUGAAGACACAUACACUUUCACAGCAUAUGGCACAAGCAGCAAGUCUUGCUGGCUGUCCACUGACAUUGGUGUUGUAUGCUGUUAAAGAUUAUUUUAAAUCAUCAGGACGCAAGACAAACAGACAUGUCUUAAAAAUAGAACCCAUUGAUCUGGAAAUGGCUUUAACAGAUCUCUUAGUGACCGCCAAAUGUGAUACAAUCAAGACCAACACACCAAACGAGUUGGCUUUAACCAUUGCACAGUUUACAAAGGCGAUAGCUGAAGCACCUUAUAAGAACGCAAAGAAAGCCUAUGAUGAACAAGCUGAAUUUUAUAUGAGAGGGGACAAUAAAAAAUGUGUUACCGUUGCUAAAAGUGGUGAUGGCGUUGGUAUGUUGUGGCAACAAAUGAUUGCUGUAUUGCCACAUUCAAGCCUUGAAACAUCAAGGGCCGUAUGUGCGAAGUACAAAACUUUAAAAUCUCUCUACCAGGCGCUUCAGGAGCCCAAUAGUGUAAGCAUUGUGGCCGAUAUAGGUGUGACUCGCUCUGCUGCGCCAGGAUCCAAGUCAAGGCGGCUUGGAAAUGAAUUUGCACGGAAACUACACAUAUUGUUUACCGCUGAGGAUGGUAACACUCCAGUCGAAUGAUCAUAUGAAAUUUAGACCUGAACCUGACCUUUUUUGAGAAUUUGAAGAUAGGAAUGCGCCAUUUCUAAAUUGAGGGACAGAAGAUAACGUCGCUAAAUAAAUACUAGACUUUUUA